UCCCUCUCUGUGAAGAGACAGCUUAGAGAAGAGUACAGAGAGAAGCAGAAGAGAGGGUAGAGGAAAAAGAGAAAGAGAGAGAGAGAGAGAGAGAGAGAGCAAAGGAAGAAGGAGGAGGAUGAGAAGAACGAUGGCGAAGUCCUCAGGCAUUCUGGUGUUGGUAUCCAUAUUUAUAGCGACCUUCGUUCUCUCAACCUGCAGAGUCGAUGCCGGCAGCGAUUACCAUUUAGGUUGGAUUCCGACGAGAUCCGGCUGUGAUGGAUCGAUUGCAGAGUGCUUCUCCGGCAACGAGUUCGAAAUGGAUACAGAGAUCAACCGGCGUAUUCUAGCAACCAGCAAUUACAUAAGCUAUGCGGCGCUGAAGCGCAACAGUGUCCCUUGCUCAAAACGAGGUGCCUCUUAUUACAAUUGCAAAAGUGGAGCUCAAGCUAACCCUUACAGCCGUGGUUGUAGUAAGAUCACUCGAUGCAGAGGAAGUUAGGUUUCUUCUCCUUUUUCUGAUCCUUCUUUCUCUUCUUCUUCUUUCUUUUUUCUGGUUAUGGUUGUGGGUGAAGUGGGUUGGUCUGUUAUACAUUUGGGAAAGGAGGAGAAGGAAGAGGUUGGGAUCUCUUAUUAUGUUUGUUCUUGUUGGGAUUUGUGGGUUUCUGUUGUUCAUAUGUUGAAGAUCAUGCUGUAUAAACCAGUGGGAUUCAUGGAUUCUGUGGUUUGCUAAAUAAUAAAUCUUUAUUGAUUCUUCUCAGAA